AUGGAGAAAAGCUUAGCAAACAAAGUUGUGGUCAUCACCGGCGGAGCCGAAGGUAUCGGCUACGAGGUCGCCGACAGAUAUCUAUCUAAAGGCGCCAAAUUAGUUUUCCUUCUCGACAUCAACGAGAAACUUGGAAAUGAAGCCGUCCAAAAACUAUCCGCCAAACAUGGAGCCAACAAGGUCAUAUUCAUGAAAUGCGACGUCACUUCAGACUUAGUACCUGUAUCGAAAAAGAUUUUCGAAAAUUACAAGGUCGACAUCCUUCUCAACAACGCUGGAAUCCUCAACGACCGCUUGCUGAAGAAGACCAUCGACAUCAACGUGACUGGAGUUUGUGAAUGGGGCUUAGCCUUCUGGGACCACAUGAGGAAGGACAAGGGUGGAAACGGAGGUACCAUUCUGAACCUUGCCUCUAUCUACGGCUACAGAGUUGACCCAUUCUUACCUGUUUACCAAGCUUCGAAGUUCGCUGUGAUGGGAUUCACAAAGUCUCUGGGACACAAGGCCAACUACGAGAGGAGCGGUGUACGAGUACUGGCAAUGUGCCCUGGAUUUACUGAGACCAAACUGACUGCAGCACCACAGGCCUGGGACAUGGGACAAGACAAAGAAUUCGAACAAUUCCUCAAAGCACAAGCUUGGCAGAAAGUGGAGUCAGUGGGCCAGGCUGCUGUGGAUAUCUUCGAAAACGGUGACAGUGGAACUGCCUGGCUGAUUGAGGGAGCAAGACCUAUUGUUGAAGUUGCUAAUGCUUACACACACGACAUGGAGCGAGACCCUAAGAACAAAGUUGUUGUAGUGACAGGCGGAGCGGGAGGUAUAGGAUACGAGAUCGCUGACAAGUUUCUAAAGUACGGAGCUAAAACUGUGAUUAUAUUAGACAUUAACGAAACUCUUGGAGCUGAAGCUGCACAAAAACUGAAUGUUAAGCACGGUGAAGGUAAAGCUGUUUUCAUAAAAUGUGAUGUCACAAAAGAUCUGGAUAAAGUAUCGGAUGAAAUAUUCCAGAAAUAUGACGUCAACGUCCUUGUAAAUAAUGCAGGAGUAUUAAACGAGGUUGACGAUUUCACCUGGUGGUAA